AAGUUCCAGAUGGAGAUCCCAGCAGUUCAGACUGAGCGAGAAGACAUCACAUCUGAAAAAAUGGCCCAGACCAACCCGCUUCCCGUUCCUCUAGGACCCUGGAAGAUCACAGUUUACGACCAGGAGAAUUUCCAAGGAAAGAGGAUGGAGUUCACUGCUGGCUGUGCAAACAUAAUGGAAUGCGGGUUUGACAAUAUCAGGUCUUUAAAGGUGGAAUGUGGAGCAUGGAUAGGAUAUGAGCACACUAGCUUCUGUGGCCAGCAGUUUGUGCUGGAGCGAGGAGAAUACCCCCGAUGGGAUGCUUGGAGUGGCAGCAACGCCUAUCACAUCGAGCGACUGACAUCUUUCCGCCCAAUCUGUUCUGCUAACCAUAAGGAAUCCAAGCUGGUCAUCUUUGAGAAAGAGAACUUCAUUGGGCGCCAGUGGGAGAUAUGUGAUGACUACCCCUCACUGCAGGCUAUGGGCUGGGGUAACAAUGAGGUUGGAUCCAUGAAGGUCCAGUGUGGAUCAUGGGUUUGCUAUCAGUAUCCUGGUUACCGUGGUUAUCAGUACAUUCUGGAAUGCGAUCAUCAUGGAGGCGAGUACAAGCACUGGAGAGAGUGGGGCUCCCAUGCCCAGACCUUCCAGAUCCAGUCUAUCAGACGCAUACAGCAGUAGAGGACCCAGACGCUCCUGUCACUCACCAUUACUGUGUUAGCGAGAGGUCACCAUUCACUGGCUCACGGUGGUGCUACCAAUCUCUUUUAACACUAAUUUAGAAGAAACAGAAACCUUUCUUGUACUGUGAAUGCAUGUUGGUAAAUUACUUCUCAAUUGUACCAGCAGCUAAACUGAAAAAUAAAUGUAAUACAAAAAAAAAAA